AAAACCGCUGCUUAACAAUCAAUGUCGAUCAGUUUAACCUUUUUGAUUCUGUGAUGUCCAUCCAGAAGUAAUAUCAAAAUGCAAAUAUAUUUGGCCAUCAAGCAAACAUACCAACCUCAGUCAGCCAUAUGACCGUCCCAGUCCCGAACGGCGAGGCCACUGUGGCUGUCUCUAUUAUCGAUCCGAACGAAGUCAUCGGCGUUCCGGCUCGUUUGUUCUUGACUCCGCAGAUAGAGGGCACGGCCUACAGCAACACACCUUGCUUAUGCUUCUAUAUCGAGCAUAAGGAUGUGAACGGCAAGGUCACACGACUCCUUUUUGACCUUGGGAUCCGCAAAGAUUGGAAAUCGUCUCCGCCUACCGUCGUCAAUGCGGUCGAGUCGAUGGGCGUCACUAUCAACACUAAACACGACGUCCCUGAACUCCUGCGCCAACAUGAUGUCGAGCCUGCCAGCAUCGAUCACAUCAUCCUUUCCCAUGGGCACUUCGACCACGUCGGGGACAUUAACCUGUUCCCACCCAGCGUCGGCGUCGUCGUUGGCCCGGGAUUCCAGAGCCAUCUCCUGCCCGGGUACCCCGAAGUGCCCGAUUCGGCGCUCGAGACAGCCGCGUUCACCGGCCGCAAGCUCACCGAGCUGAACUUCGCCGCCGCCACGCAGGAGAUCGCCUCGCUGCAGACCCUCGACUGGUUCGGCGACGGCAGCUUCUUCUUGCUCGAGACACCAGGGCACGCUGUUGGCCACAUCAGCGCACUCGCCCGAACGACGACAGCCGCCCGCGAUGGCGGCGACACAUUUUUGCUGCUGUCCGGCGACUGCUGCCAUCACGCCGGCGAGCUGCGGCCGCACGAGCGCUGCCCGCUCCCCACCGGCGCGCUUACAGCACAUGCCGACCUUCCAUGCGAUACGUACUUGUCUACAGACGAGUACGUCGCUCGGCAUCCGCUGCGAUGCCUCGAUCGGCCCUUCUUUUCGCCAGCGGCAGGCGGGUUCAAUAUGGACGCGGCGCAGAUGCGGCGGACAUUGGACGAGGGCAUCGCGCCCCUCGAUGCGGACCCGCGCGUGCUGGUGAUCCCGGCGCAUGAGCAUUGGUUGUUGGACGUCGUGGAGUUCUUCCCGAGCACGGCAAAUGAUUGGCGGGAGAAGAAGUGGAAGGAAAAGGCUAAGUGGAGGUUUUUACAAGACUUCACAUAAUCAUCUUUGUUUCGGCGACAAUCGUCCCUUUCAUUUCUGGGGGCACGGAAAUGGAGACAAACCAAGGCCGCAUUCUUGUUAUGGUAGGAUAUCUUGAUAACAGUUUUCAGCAUCAGAAGAUAUCUGAAACUCACCUAUUGCCCGCCUCUACCGCGUUGACGUGGACGACAAUCUGGUUGUCGGAGGCGGUCGUGUAACACUCGUAUGUGCUUGUCCUAAGCGCCGGGAAUACUCCUUUAAAGAAGACGUCAAUCGCUGUGCUCGCUAUAGAGUUGAUCUCCUUUAUAAGCGAAUCACUUGAAAGUAGUGGCGAUACUACUACACGGGGCAUUAGAAAAGCUGCCACGGCCGGCAGCGGCACCAAAUCUGGCCAUAGGCGAAGGUUAAUAAUCAUUUAUACUUUGUUGUUGAUUGUUAUGUGC